CGUACUGACGACAUGUCUCUCUUUUAAUGGUUUGUCCACUAUAAAUGAUAAAGAUACUUUCGCGCGUUUGAGAUCUUAAAUACAGUUACCAACUACAUGGAUCUUAUAAUCUAGUAAACCCCACCACUAGAUUAUUGCUGUAUCUGCUUCCUGAUAAGCAAAGAAAGACGCUAUCGCAAUGUCAAAACAGCCUAAUUAUUACAAGGUCUUGGGCGUUGAGCCCACUGCAACGCAACAGCAGAUUCGCGAUGCCUACAAAAGAGCUUCCUUAAAACAUCACCCGGAUCGAGUUCCAGCAGACUCCCCUGAGCGCCCGGCGCGCACUCGCAAAUUCCAGGAUAUCAACGACGCAUACUACACACUCUCGGAUCCGAAACGCCGCCGUGAAUACGAUGAAGUUCGCAAGUACGAAGAAUAUGAAUCUCCAGAUGAGGAUGUACCCCGGGGUGGUGCAGGCGGAUUCCCGUGGUCGACCUUCGGGUUCGGUGGGUCACAAGAGAGUCGCGACGAACGGGAUUCUGAACAGUUCGGGUCUGUCUUCGAAGAGAUGCUUCGCGAAGAGGGGCUCGCCGACGAAGAAGAGGGCCGCACGAAACCUACAACGCGUUUCUGGUCUAUCGUUGGUGGUGUGAGCGGUGGCGCGCUGGGAUUCAUUAUCGCCAAUGUCCCUGGAGCUCUUGCAGGGGCAGUUGCGGGAAACAGGCUAGGUGCUGUUAGGGACGCCAAGGGAAAGAGUGUUUAUGAGGUAUUCCAGGAGCUACCUCAACCUGAUCGAGCCAAGUUGCUCAGUGAACUGGCGGCUAAAGUUUUCCAACAUGCAAUGGGUAGUUAGAGGGGCGGGCGAUCUGCGAUAUUGAGGCGCAUUCGGUUUUGAUUUCUUAUUCGAUGCUUUGAUACUCCUUUUCUUGCCUGGCUGGUCUGGUGCCUUGGUUAGAAACUGCGCGAUUGAUAUUGUUUAUCUCAAAUGAUUCCAUAAUCCAGCACCCUCGAGUAGAAAUGCAUGACGAGUCAUUGAAUUGUCUGCUGGAUGGCACAGUGGUAUAAAGCUGGCCCACACCAUUUACCGGGAGGCUUCCUGUUUGAACCUUGGAGGGGUUCCUUGGAUUUCUAAGAAAAGCCCUACCCGCCAAAAGCAAGGUGGGGUUUUCGUA